UCUUCCCGCGGGGAUGUUUCACUAGUUUGUUUUAAUUCCCGGGACCCAAGAUGGAGGCUGCGCUGGGGCCUGGCGGGCUCCUGCUGCUCCUCCUCGUCCUGGGGCGGCUCGGCCCCGCGGCUCCGCAGCCCGCCGCAACCCCCCAGUUCCUCAGCCAGGAGAACAUCAGAGUUAAUGUUACUGUGUUGAAAACCAGUGAAGAAUCUCAAGAAGCACAGGUUAUCUUUAAUAUCACCUACAAUAGUGGACAGAUAUAUGUAAAUGACUUUCCUAUGAAGAGAGGUGUUACCCGUAUUAAGUGUCAAACUUUAAUAUUGGAAACUGGAAACUCUGAUAACCUAUUGGAUCAAAGGCAUUGGGGAAUUGUCAGUGUUCGCAUCAUGUUUCGUGAGUGGCCCUUGGCAUCCAGAUCAAAUUUGCAGUUGAUUGUCAUUCAGGAAGAGGUGACCGAAAUCGAUGGGAGAGAGGUUCAGCAAGAGGAGGUUACUGAAAUAAACAUAUUAAUUAAGGGCCUGAGAGUACUUAGACAUUCAAACCAUACUGUUCCUCUGAAGGAAAGCAUGCUGUAUUCCAUCCCCAGGGACAAUGACAUGUUAUUUACACUUCCCAAUCUCUCAGGAAAAGUAGAUGUUCAAGGCCCACUGCAACCAACCAGUCACUACCUCCUCAGGCAAGUAGAAACUACAGUAGAUGAAGAGACAUUACCUGGCAAGUUACCGGAGACUCCCCUCAGGACAGAGCCUCCAUCAUCUUAUAAGGUCAUGUGCCAGUGGGUGGAAUACUUGAGAAAAGAGCUGUGCGGGUUCUGGCUUAAAUCUUUUCCUGUGUUCUUUAAGCUAAUGGAAGUCAUUGGGACUGGAGUUGUAGGAGCAGCUCUAGUUUUAGGAAUCUUAAAAGUGCUUUUCCCUUCCUGCGAACACAAAGGAGUCCUUCACCUGGAGGAUAUCAACACUGCACCUGUGGUUGUGAUAAAGGUCCCUUCAGAUAUUCCAGAGAAGACAGACAAUUUAGUGGAGAAAUGAUGUACUCAAUACCAUGUUUGCGUCUGAAUCUUUGUACAAAUCUGGACCUGAAAUUUGGCACUUGAACUUUAAUACCUUAUUUGCUUCCUAUUCUGAAAAUAGUACGUCAACUGAUUUAUGUUUAAAGGGACAUUUCAAGGUUGAGGCCCAAAAUGAUCUCCCCUCUUUCCACAUCCUCUUGCUCCCAAGGAGCAACAGCUUCCCAUUAUGAGGGUUGUGACAGGUUUUAACUUCUUUAAAAUACUCUCCUAGCAGCUAGGAUAGGAAGCUGGCCUUUGUAUUCACAGAUAAGGCAGUUAGGUAAUGAAAUACAGAAUGUGAUAAUCUUCAGUCAUCUCAAGCAUGGGCUAAA